UGAGGAUGGGAUCGCCUGCUGUCACCAGGCCGUCUUGGAUACGCAAGCCGCAGAAAGACGCAUCAAUCAGGGAUGGCAGUGUGGAAGUGCAGGUAUAGGAUGGUCUAGACCGGGGAGGCACUGCCAAGGUCGACUGCCGAAGUUAUGAACACACAUGUUGGGGGAAUAUGGUGGACAGUGCUAGCCAUGCAGCAUGUGCAUGUAGGGGGUGUGAUAUGGAUACAUGUCGAUGAUAGAAAGUACUGUGGUAAGGGUAGCAUGAAGAAGAGAACGCAUGGAUUGUGCAGCAGACUCGGAAACUGCAAACGGACGGAAAGUGACUAUGACGGGGGUCGUUGGAGCUCCAGGAGGCAGGUAACGGGAAACGGGAGGAGGACGGGUGCUGUGAAACAUGGCUCUCAUCGAGGUCGGGAGAAUUCGAGGAAGACUGAUGAACUUCUCAGUGUCGUGUUUCCGGUUCGAGCUGCAGGCCCGGCGCUGGUACGCAGUAAACUACCAGGUACGAGGUACCGUAUCUGGCAAGGUGAGGAAAGACAAGCAUUGGCGGCAGCCAGUUCUGCCGACGAAACAGCAACUCAAAGGUGGGAGCAGAAGAAAGGAAAGCAAACGGCCAUGAACCUGGGCGGAUAGACCAGGGCGGAGAUAUGCACGCAGGAGAAAUGCGAGAGGGUUUUGGACACACCGCAAGCCUCUCGCGGGAUCUGAUCUCGACGUGCCGACGGGACGGGAAGGAUUCCUUCCCAGAUUUCU